UGAUGGCUGAAGAUCCUGGAGGAGCUUUCCCUAAUUUCACCCUCAUUUUUAUCGGGUUUUCGUUACCUCUGCUGGGAAGAUGGCAGGGCACACAGCCUCGAUAAACGGCCAGAGACCCCCGCUGUUGUCAUGCCCAAGAAAGGGAACCGAAAACGGCUGAAAUUUAGAGCCGAGGAUGUUUGCUCGGAGUCAGUAACUGUGGCUGACUAUGCCAACGCCGAUCCCGCCAUCGUGAAGUCGGGAAGAGUUAAAAAGGCUGUUGUUAAUGCAAUUGAAAAAGAAGUGAAAUUACUCCGUGGACUCGAGGCAUCCCACGGUCCCGUGCAGGAAGUGCUCUCCUCUGCAGUUGGUGUGAGUAAUGCAGCCCUUGAGAGCAGUGAUGAACUGGACUCAGAGGAAGGGGAUGAAAUCAAAGGGUCCCGCAAAAAGAAAAACAAAAGACGCAAAGAAAACAGUGGGAGCAUAGAUGGAGAGGAGUAUCCCAUUGAUAUUUGGCUUCUGCUUGCUGCAUACAUUCGGCCAGAAGACGUCUGCAGAUUUUCUUUGAUCUGCAAGAAUGCUUGGACAGCCACGUGCACGGCUGCAUUUUGGACACGACUCUACAAAAGGCACUAUAACCUUGAUGCAGACCUCCCCGAUCGCCUUCAACCUGAUUCUAUUGUAAAGAUGCAUUGUCUUCGUGCCCAUGUGAUUCGCUCGCUUUUUCACUUAUAUGAGCCCUUUAGCUUGCGGGUGUCCAAAAGCCCUCCUCUCCCUGAAUCUACGCCUACAACACUCCUCAAUUCCAAGUGUUUGUUGUUUUGGGUCAACAAAGUGUCUGGAAGUAGGUCAGAGCCGAUGUGGGAAUUCAACUUCAAGUUUGUGAAACUGCCAACCAAGGGCAAAAAUGGAUGCAGUUUGAGUCUUCAGCUGCCCAGGCAGUAUAAAGAUGUUCACACUAAUCCAGACUCGGACUGUUAUCUGCUGCGAGUCACUACCCUCAAUUUUAUUUUCACUUCUGUUGUGAUGGGCAUGACAUUAACUUUGUUUACCAUUAAUGUGAGCACAGACAUGAGGCACCACCGAGUGCGCCUGGAGUUCCAGGAUUCACCAGUCAUUCGAGGGAAGAAGCUUAGGGGUGAACAGGGGGUGCAGGUAGUGCUGGACCCUGUCCACAACGUACGCCUCAUGGACUGGUGGCACCCUCAGUACCCCACAUCCUCAUAUAAUUAGACUAAUGAACUCCAAACUUGUCAAUUACAAAAAUAUUGCAGAAGACAAUUCAGGCCUGUUUCGACCAACCCUAAAGUCCUGGCUUGGUAGUCAGUUUUUCUGUUGAAUUUUACACUUUGUACUUCGUGUGCUGCUUUUAUGGACACUUUAGUUUUGAUUUGUAGUCCAAACUCAAGGUCUCAAGACAAUGUAUGUGGCAGUUGACUUUAAUAGUCUGGGUAGCUGCCAUAUUUAAUUUGAUUGGUUUCACGAUAGAAGUACAGAAGAUAGAAGUCGAUUCAAUAUGUCAUGCUACCAUUUUUAACCUAUGUUUUAUUGGAGAUGUUUUUUUUCUUCCACUGAAAAUUGUGGAUUUUUUUUUCUCCACUUGAUCAAAUUCCAAGUACACAGCAGUACAACCCUCUGAACAGACUGCUUGCCGCCCUCAGUUUUUAAGGCAAAAAUCUGUUCACAUUAAAUAUGGCAUCUACAUCAGUAUAUGGUAAUGGUAUGCUUUUCUUGCCCAUUGAGAGUGGUUUAGAAAAUUCAUCAUCAGGUUAUAUAACACUUGUAUAGUAGGGUUUGCAUGCCUCUAAUCUUGAAUCAUAUGUCAUUUAAUAAUUAGUUGUUGUUUUUUCUUCAAUAGCAUUCUCAAGAUUCACCUUAAUUCUUUAGAUUUCUCAUUCUGUCUCUCUGCAAAUUUAUAAAUCGGUAAACUA